AACGCAAAAAAAGUUGUGGAUUGGUAGAGAGGAGAAUGGAGACGGAGAAGGAGAAGCUAGAGAGAGUCGGACCAUUGGAGGAGCCGUUGAUGAAAAACAUCGUACCAGAGGAGGAGUCGCUAUCAUUGUCAGAUACUGAUAGCGAGAUACCAGAUUCUCCCGUUCCCAUCAACGCUCCGAUCUACCGUAUCUUUGGAAGAGAACGUCCGAUCCACAUGGUUCUCGGCGGAGGUAAACCUGCUGAUGUGUUGCUAUGGAGGGACAAGAAGGUAACCGCGGGAUUAGUGGGUGCAGUGACUGUGAUCUGGCUCUUGUUUGGGUUCGGUCAUUGUCGUCUUCUUACAUUUGUUUGUCGUGGAUCCAUCCUCUUUCUGCUUCUUUCGUUCGUCUGGUCCAAUGCCCUCAACAGAUCUCCUGAGAAGAUAAUGGAGAUUUACAUACCUGAGAAGCCAUUACUCCAAGCUGCUUCUGCAUUGACCUUUGAGAUUAACUGUGCUUUUGCAACCUUGAGGAGCAUUGCCUUAGAGAGAGACAUCAAGAACUUUGCACUGGUAGUCAUAGGACUUUGGCUCGUAUCUAUCAUCGGAAGCUGGUUCAGCUUCUUGUCAUUGCUCUACAUCUGUUUCUUAUUGAUUCACACGGUGCCGAAGCUGUAUGAGAAGUAUGAAGAUGAGAUUGAUCCAAUUGCUGAGAAGGCUGUGAUUGAGAUGAAGAAGCAUUUCCAAGUAUUCGAAGCCAAGGUUUUAAGUAAGAUAAAUCAUUAGCAAUUCUACUCAAAAUAAUCGAAAUUGAGUUAGUUUCGGUUACCUUAGUUUAGUUCAUUUAUUUAUUUAUUCCUUCCUCUGUUCAUGUGCUUUUGGUUACUUCCUACUCAAGAUAAAGUUCUGCAAACGCUGGCCCUUACAUAGCUAUAGACAUUUAAUGGGAAUAUUCAAGA